AUGGAAGAAACAAAGCAGGAAUUCGUUGGCAACCAAAAGACGUGCUUAUCCUUUUCUUUGCGGCAAAAUAUGGCCGGCUUAAACACUAAUAUUCCAUGGUUAUAUAUAUAUAAUUCUGUUCGUACCUAUUCAUAUCUAUCUAUCUAUCUAUCUAUCUAUCUAUCUAUCUAUCUAUCUAUCUAUCUAUUUAAAUCUUCAACCCUGGAAUUGCUUUUGUCUUUUCGUCUUUUUUUCUCCUUCUUAUCUUUUUCUUUUCUGUUUCGUUUACUUUUUCUUUUUCUUCUCUUCAUAUUCUUUAUUGAUUUCUUUUUCUCUUUCCGUUCUCUUCUUUUUAGUUUUAUUCUUUUCCUUUUCUUUUUCUUCUUUUUCUUUGCUUCUUUUUUUCUUUUCUUUCGCGUUUAUUUCUUUCUUUUACUCCUUUUCUCGUUUUUAAUUUAUUUUUUUAUCUUUCCUCUUUUCUUUACUUCUUUUCUUUUUCUUCUCUUUUUCGAUUAUUCUUUUCUACAUUUUCUUUUCUUUUAUUCUUUUCUUUUUUACCUCUCUUUUCUUUUUCUUUGUUCUUUUCUUUUUCUUUGUCCUUUUCUUCUCGUUUUCUUCUCUUUCUUUCUGCCUUUUCAUCUCUUUUUUUUUGUUUAUUAUUGUUUCUUUUCCCUUUUUCUUUUCUUUUUGAUUUUUUCUUUUUCUUUCUUGUUUCUUUCUUGUUUCUUUCUUUCAUAUUUUUUUCGUUUUUUCAUUUAUUUUCUUUUUCAAGUUUGA